AUGGCCGAUGUUCAAUUCGAUCUCAGUCUACAAAAUUUCACGACCCAUGAUAUUGAUCAGUUGCAAAAUAUUGCUGUUCGUAUUUCGAAUCCAUCAUCACGACCAGAUACACCAUGCCUUAUGCUAGCUGCUCAUUAUGACUCUGUGGAAUUCAGUUCAGGCGGUAGUGACGACGGUUCAGGCGUUGUUACUCUUCUGGAAGUUUUCUCGAAUCUGGUCAAUGAUCCCAUCAUCACAUUCGAUCAAGUACAUCUCAUUGUCUUAUUCACCAGUGCUGAAGAACUUGGUUUGAGAGGCGCUGCAGCAUUCAUCAGUAAUCAUACCUGGAAAACAAGCGUUCGACGAUUUAUCAAUAUUGAUUCAACUGGUGGCAACGGCAAAGCCAUUCUUUUUCGUGUCAAACCAUCACAGAUUGUUAUCGACUAUGCAAGAGUACCAAGACCUCAUGCCAAUGUCAUAGGAAAUGAAGUUCUGGAUUUGCUCGGAAGGGACACAGAUUACAGCGAAUUUGCCACGAGAGGUUCAUUGUCCGGAUACGAUUUUGCAUUCUACCUCGAUGGUUACAGUUAUCAUACAUUACUCGAUCGACCAUCAACUGUUGAAGAAGGUGCUCUGCAGCAUCUAGGCGAGAAUACACUUGCUCUAUCCCGUCUAAAAAUAUCGACUUCAUCAUUUCCUAAUCCUCUACGUGAUCAUGAUCACAAAGAACAAUAUCAUCUUCGUUACUCAUUCUAA